GUAGCAGGAGCAACAGUUGACACAGUUGAAAAGUUCAGAAAAACAUAUAUUCAGCACAGUUCCAAACUGUUUUUUCAACGGCAUUUUAAAGAUACGCCAUCGACGGAAGACAACACAACCCGCGCCUUAAUCCCGAGGACACCCAGAGAGGCUGUAGUACACACCGUCAUGAAGCCCGACAUCCUGACACUGUGCAUCCUAGCAACCGCGAUCCUGGCCAGCGGGACGCGUCACGUAGCCGGCUUCCUCACCGCAUCCGGGCAAUCCUCUGCCAAUGUUCCCAAAGUUGAGGGUGGAGAAGACCUACUCCCGGGCAAUGUUGUUGCAUCGGCGCCGCAGCGCCUCCACUUGCCCCCCAUUUUCGGACGGCACGGACCAUCGGAUGUCCAGGAUAUUCAGAAUGUCCAGGAGACGCAGGAGCGAGCUGUUUACGAUCCCGGCGAUGAAUUGCUACGCGCCCAGGAGCUGGGAUUGGGAGUGCUGGGAGUUCCGCCGCCUCUGGCCACCGAUUAUGCCGACGCCGUUUACAACGAACUCCAAAUGGCAAGCAACAAGUUCGAGGUUCUCAAGAAGAUGGAGGAGGAUUUGCGGGCUGAGCAGGAACUGGUGGACAAAUCCGCUUUGCUCAUGAAAAUGCUAGAGGAUCCCUCCCUGGAAACUCUACCCCUCGUCUACGUGGAGGAAGAGGAACCGGAGCCUGCUGGUUCUGAGGAUUAUGCUGACUUGGAGAAUGCCGUUCAGGAUUUGGUUUUGGGCCAGAGCAAGCCCAAGCGUUCUCGUUAUUAUCGCCGGUAUCCCUGGAAGCGCCACAACAAGAAUCGCGGCAACUAUGAACCGGAGCUGCGUUAUGCCUGCACGCCCAGCAAGGAGGACAUAUUCAAGCUGCUGGUGAAUCUUCACGAGAAUCGCAAGGGCAAUCACAGCAAGACGGUCAACUUCUGCAAUCGUAAGCGUCCUGCCAAGGCGGUCUUCACCAACAUACGCUUCCUGGGCUAAGGGACAGUCGAAGGACACUCUUCACACAGACACAGACAGGGCACUAAGACGGACUCUCAAACACACACAUAUGUAUACCAAGCCUCAAUUGUACAUUUGCUGACCAAGUCGAGCGCCAAAAAACCAUUCUGGAGAACAACAAGCACUAAAAAUUAGCCUAAACUAACUAACUAAUCCGCUGACUAAGCUAACCAGCUAAACGAAGUGAACUAAAAAUAAUACCUAGCGGAUGAUAGCCCCCUUGUAACUCUAAUUGUAGACAAUUAAAACUUUUAUAACUCUCUCUCAAUGUGUUGUAUAUAAAAAUAAACAAAGUUCCAGUAGUAGUCCUCUCCCCUUUGGUUUCGUUGUUGUCGUUGUGCUAAUCCCAGGAGUUAAUUACCACUAAAAACGUUGCCAUAUCAUUAACAAAGUCUCGUAACGUCGUCUCACUCGGUCCAUGACAUUAGAGUAUUGUGCACCAUGAAGGGGAAGUUUAUAGUAAAUGGAAUUCUAUAUCAAUGUGUACAUACGAGAAUAUUGAAAUAAUCAUUAUAAUAUAUACAUGUUUAUU